AUAAUUAGUCGUUAUAACGGUAACUAUACAACUUAAAUGUGACAUAUGUGAUCAUUGGGGGCGGGGCUUAUAGAACCUUAUAUGACAAAAACCAGCAAAAGUGGAAAUUUUAUAUUUAUUUCCAUAGAAUAAAUACCAGUUUGAAACGUCGACAUUAACAUGAUCGUCUCUGACAGCAUUAUAUGAAAUCUCAUUUUUCCUGUAGAACAUAUGUGAAAGAAGCGCAAAUAAUUGUUCCAGUCGGGUUUUUUUUAUACAUGUCUGGGAAGAUAAAUUAAUUAUCAAUACUUCCAUGAAGCAGAGGAGAUUUCAAGACAUUGAAUCAGUUUUCUAAAGUUGGUGGCUUAAAGACACUGAUGGAUUGAGUCGCGUGCUUCCAUAAUUGGUUGUGUUGGAGAAUUAAGUGCCUUAAUUGUAAAAAGAAAUGCCUACAAGAUCCAUACUGCACGAUGAUAUUGAAUGUGAAGAAGAAUCUGACUUCCCGUCAGACGAAGAUCUUGAAAUCUCGGACCAGGACGAGAUUAUCUGUAAACAAGAUCGAGACAAAAAUAACCCAAAGAAGGGAAAACGUAGAAAAUCAGACAGUACUGACAAAGAUGAACCCAAAGUUCCGAAAAAGCGCGGACCGAAAAAGAAAAAGAUGACAAAGGCAAGGUUACUUCGUCUGAGAGUCCGUAGAGUGAAAGCCAACACGAGAGAACGAAACCGGAUGCAUGGGUUAAAUGAUGCACUUGAUAUAUUACGAAAACAUGUUCCAUGUUAUUCGAAGACUCAAAAGUUAUCAAAAAUUGAAACGCUGCGUCUAGCAUGCAACUAUAUUGGUGCCUUAGGAAAUAUUUUGAAAACUGGAAUUCGACCGGACGGGAUUUCCUUUGCCAAAGCACUGUCAAAAGGCUUAUCACAAAAUACGAUGAAUCUAGUGGCUGGAUGUCUGCAGCUGAAUCCAAGAACACUUUUACCGGAAUCUGCAGCUUAUUCGAAACCGUACCAAUUUUUGUACGAAAAUUCUUUGGAUUUUACAUCACCAACGUUGAUCCGUCAGACGGAAUUUUCGAACCAGUGCUUUCAGUCGUAUGAAAGCUUCUCGCCGUCACGUGCGAACGCGUGUUACUCAGUGCCUUCAAUAAAUCAAGUGCCUCAUACAACCAUCCAGACGCCCAUAUCUGAUUUUGGAAGCCCGAGGAUUAUGAGCCCUCUUCAGGGAUAUACUGCGGACAACAGUUUUCAAGUCGAGGCAAUGACGUCAUCAAAUUUUUUACGCUGUGAUAACGUCAUGGAUUCGUAUCCAAACAAUUACGUAACUCCUCCGUCCCAAAAUGGAACAAUUUAUCAUCCGAGCGUUGUAACAUCUAUACAGGACUGUGUCCCGACUUGUGCAAUAAUUGAUAACAUGUCAGAUUCUAUUCUUGAAAACGACAUCGCAAUGUUAGGAACCAGCCCAAGUAUAUUCGAUCAAAUGGCCCCAUGAUGUCAAUUUUAGAAAUGUUAUUGUCAAGUCAAAGGAAUCUUGAGUACUUUCGUACUUUCUACAAACUCGUUUUUGAUCUUUAUGUAGUGGAACGAUGUAGUGGAAUAUGAUUUUAAGUUUUCAUAAGACAGUUAAACGCUCACAAAUCUCACACAUUUUUAAUUUCUACUGAUUGACUUUUUUUCCGUUUACAGUUUGAAUGUGUUUUCUUUUAAGCUCAUUCAUUGAUACAAAAUUUAAGAAAAAUAUUUACGAGUUAAAGUCAGUAACAACUUCUGUAGAAAGUGAAUCAUCAGUUAUAUUUAAAAUUGUCUCAGAAGCUUUGAACAUUCGCGAUUUCUUAACAUUGUUUAGAUACUUCCAUACAGGGAUAAUUUGAAGUCAUUUUAUUUGUCAAUAAGGUCACCUUUUAAGAUUAUAACAUCGAGUAUUUUAGGAGGAACUGAUUCUUAUACUUUCUUUGAUAUGCUUACCUUCCACAACAGAAAACAGACCCGCUUGAUACUUGUCCAGACUAGCUCCUAGACUACCGGUAUAUACAUUUUUUUUAUUUAUAUUUUUUAAAGUCUUUAUUCUAUGUCCAAUAUCAUAAUAUAUUCAUAUUACAGUCAGUUCUCCGAGAAAAACCUUUAAGAUAGACCGGCAUUUGUAACUAUCAUAUAAAAUAAGAGAAAAAUUACAAUUACAAGUUGAAGUUUUGUGACAAAUUCUUCAUUAUCAGUCUAGUGGCUAGUCUAAUACUUGUCAUGCUUGAGCAUUUUCCUCCGACUUAAUUUUAUUAUUUUAUGAAAAACAAAGAUCAUGUUUUCAUAUAUAGUGUUAUAUAUAUGUUAUGUAUAUUAGGUCAGGGACUUGUGUGCAAUAAGUUACAUUCCUUGUGCUAUUUUUCUACCUUUUUUUUGCCUCACACUGAAGUGCCAUUUACAAACAUUUCUAGAAGUAAUAGUUAGUUUCAUAGAUAUCGAAUACAUGUUGUCAUUGAGAUGUAUUUCAUUCUUUAUCGCAAUUUUAAGUUUCAGUGAAAUGAAGGACACCGGAGAUUUUAAAGCUAAUGUAGAAACUUACAGUUCGCUAGUCAUAUAUUGAAUGUACAACAAUUUUAUGCAAUGAAACGUAAUAUACAUUGUAUAUGCCUGAAUGAUUGAAAACGGUUGUACACUGUAUAUAUUUUUAGAAACAUAAUC